AUGAGCGAAGUCGAAGACAUAUCCAUUAAAAUAGAUUAUGAUAUCGCGCACAAUGGUGAACAUAUAACAUUAAUAUCUGUAUCUCCUAAUGGUAAAUAUGUAAUCACGUAUAGCAACAAAGAUCAUUCAAUUGAAGGAUGGAUUGUCGACGAAAACGAUUCUAAAUGUUCCCCACUUAUACGUGACCCUGAAGUUACUGAACUGUCAAUUAAACCUAGUUCAUUGAAUAAAAGUUUUCUUUCAUUUUACUUCAAAAACGAUGGCGAUCUUGUUAUAUCAAAGAAACACAAUAAUCGUAUAUCAGUUUAUUCUCACGUUGGCGGUGGAUUAAAGAAAAAGAAAAAAUUAUCUCGUAUGAUCGAUUCAGACAAUGUAUGCAAAGUAAUGUUUGAGAAUAAUAAAGUAUGUCUCAUAGCUUCAAAUAAUUUAUUUCAAUGUGAUUUAGAUAAUUUUAAAUUUGAAUUUAGUUAUUCGCUUGAAUUUGAUGAAAAAGACGUUGAAAAAAUUAUAAUGAGAGAAAAUUUAAUUUUGUUAAAAUAUAAUGAAAAAAAUAAUGAAAAAAUUUCUAUUUAUUUAAAAGAAAUUCAUUUUCCAAUUCGAAAUAUUCAAGUAGAAAGUAACGUUUCGAUUAGAAUAUUAAGCAAUAACUAUUUUAUAACUUUUAAUUUGACUAAGGAAGACGAGAAACAAGAUUUAAGCUUACAUCACACAACUGACAUCAAUAAACAACCUGUAGAUAGAUCAAGGAUAUUUAAUGAUGAGAAUGAUUUCAUCCUUUUUGAGUAUAAUUCAGAAUCGCAGCGAGCAUUUGGAUUCGUCGAAGAAAGUGUCUCAAGUAUUAAGUUAACCAGAUUUAUUUGGCAUGAACUAUUUGCGACCAAUCAUGGGGAUGAUGAAAUUAUUGUUGGUUGGAAUACCUACUUACACCAAACAUCUGAAACUCAAUGCAAUGAUACAAUGGUUUAUCCCGAUAUGGAAAAUAUUAGAGCUUUGGUUUCAAAUCAAGAUAAAACAGAAGAUGAUGAACCUAUAGAUAUAAAUUUCAAUAAUCAAAAAUAUAAAUGGAGAAUAGAUCAGAAAAAUAAGAAACUCUCAAUCUUUAAACUUUCCUCAGAUACAAACGGAGAAUUAUGUUCGACAAAAUUAAAAGAAUUUAAAGAAUUUGAACUAGUUGGUAUUCAUUGGAGAAUUCUAAAUAACAAUGCAUUAGCACAAACUAUGCGUAAAGAUUGUAGGCUUGAACAUCGAUGCAUCAUAAUAUACAAAUAUAAUAUCAUUAAUAAAGAUAUUAAAAUGCAUUAUUUUUACUUUGAUGAAAACUUUACCAUUGAAAAGUUAUCUGGAACUAGAUUACCAAUUAUGAAUUUUGAAGCAUUUUUUAAACAUAAUGAGCAUUUUCUUCGUGAAUGGUUAGAAAAUAUCAUCGAGGACGAUAGAUGUCUUGCAAUAUAUGGAGAAGCUUUAUUACCAAAAUUUAUCAAUGAAAAGUCAAGUAAUUAUAUAGAGAAGAUUUAUAGUAAAUGCACAAACCUUGUUAAAGAAGAUCCAAAAAAAAAUCUGAAAUUUCUCAAUAUUAUAACAUUAUCUAUGAAUGAUUUAUAUAAAACCUAUCCAGAUUACAUAUCAAAAUUUAAUUCUGAAAUGUACAUGAUCUUAAACCCCUCUGAUGAACAUAUUAUUUCCGGUAACCAUUUUGAUGAUGAUUUAUAUACAUUUAAUGAAGAAUUUCCAAUUGAUCAAUCAUUUCGUGCAAAAUAUUACCGUGUAGAUGUCGAAAUGGCUCGGAGGUAUAUAAAGGAAGCAAUUAAAAAGGGUGAUUGGAAUAUGGAGGAUUGGCCUGAAAUGAAGCGCAAAAUUUUGAAACUUCUUAACAUUGAAGAUGCUAUUAAACGGGAUUAG